CGUUUUUUUUUCUUUUACCCGGUUCUAGAAGCAGCGUAUUAGGUAGAAUUCCAUGACUUUAUUCCGACAUAAUGUCCUCUUCUUACUUUAGAAAGUUGGAAGAACCGGCGAGAAACCGCUACCGUGAAAAGCUGACCUUCGCAGGUGAGGAGCUUCCAGAUCCGCUAGACGCUGAUGUUCGCAAAAACGUGUCCUCCACGGACGCUCGCCACUGGCCGCGACUAGAAAUAGGCGAUAUCUACGUCUACCUCGUGGAAGGGAUAGGCUUCUACACGAGAGAGCAGUUCAAAAGUUACAAACUAGAAGACGGUUACAACCUGUUUUUAAGCGGAAAGGUACGCGACGCUUGUUCAUUUGGGGCUACAAUAGAGAACGCUCGCAUCGUUCUCAUCACCGGGCAAGUGGAAGCUAGUCAGACUCUUGGAAAGUACCACCAGCCUUGGGUCGUGGUGAAGAAAGAGGGCACAGUCCUAAGCGCCCACUGCACCUGCAUGGCAGGGCUCGGCGAGGCCUGCAGUCACGUAGCCGCGCUCCUGUUUCGCGUCGAAGUUGAUGUGAAGUUCGGCAUUCAUGACCCAAGCUCAACCUCUGUCGAAUGCCGCUGGAGUACAGCUAGUCGAGUGGCUUCAAUCGACUUCAUCAAGCCAUCAAAGAAGAGGCGGAUAAACACAGUCUCAACACCCAAAGAAGUCUUGUCUCACCCAGAGGCAACAGCAGAACAACUCAAGGACUUCCUCAAGGCAGUAAAGAAAUCGGCACCUGACACGCUGGUGCUCAGGAGUCUUACAGACAGCGAAGACACAGAUACUGCUGCCAGUGGUGAUGUCGAUGACGACGAGGAUUCACUUCAAGUUCCUGAGACCAUCGUGGCCAUGGUGUGUUUCUACGGUUCACUUAAUGAGUCGGCUGCGAGAGAAGCAACAUUCUCAGUGACUGACUGCGACCAGGUGGAACUCCGCAGAGUCCGCACACGCGCUCAGGUUAGCUCGGACGAGUGGUCAAGGCAAAGAGUGGGCAGAUUAACAGCGUCCGUACUUGGAAAAGUACUCUCGUGCUGCAUUAUCGCAGAGGGAAUUGUCUCCCAAGUGAAGGGCUAUACCAAGACACCCGAUGUGUUCAGUGUAAGAUGGGGCAGGGAGAAGGAGGUCAAGGCUCGAAAUCGCUUCAUUGCCGAUGAAGCACCCAAGCACAGCGGCUUUGAGGUCCGGAAGUGUGGUUUGUUUGUGGAUUCCGAGAGGCCAUAUUUAGGAGCUUCCCCUGAUGGUGUUGUGUCUUGUUGUUGUUGCACAGACGCAGUACUGGAGAUUAAAUGUCCAGCGUCAUGUGCAAACCUUACAACUGACGAAGCUAAGGCAAGACUGCCAUACCUUGAUGCUGACACACGUCUAAAUGAAGAUCACUUGCAUUAUGCUCAGGUCCAAAUGCAGAUGGCACUUGUUAAAACAACCAGAGCAUUCUUUGUCGCCUUCACAAAUGUGGACAUAAAUGUGGAAGAAGUGAAGUUUAAUGAGUGCUUUUGGAACACCCCUACUGAAAAAACCCUUGGGACGGCCGUCAGUGAGGCAGAGGAGUUCUACUUCAGUCACAUUUUCCCUGAAAUUCAUGGCAGAGAACUGCUGAAAAAAAUUGAGGAUGCAAACACCAUGUGCAUUUGUAGAACACAGAAGUCCGGAUCUGUCCUACGAUGCAAGGUAUGUAAUGUAGCCGUCCACCUGAAGUGUAUGAAACUGCGACGUACGCCUAUAACAUGGGUGUUCUUAGUUUGUAAACUUGCAAAAUAG